AUGGCCUACGAUCGGGAUGUGGUAGUUUGUUGUUUCAAGCGACAUUACGAGCUCUUAGUGAGAUCAGCCUACUUCGAUUCCGCAGAGAUCCGGUACCCUCCAGAUGAAGGCUGGAGCGAUGAGCAGCUUGCUGUUGACAUCAUGCGUGCUUUCGGCCGCUCAGAGGAAGUAAUCGAUCUCCUCCGGCAUCUACCUUACAUCAAACAGCUCGACGGUGACAGCAAAGACGAAGUAUACUUCCAAACCCGACAUCUUAGCUAUCUACGCGAUACCUGGCCGUUCAAAUCCUUGACUGUUGAAAAAUGCCAAGGGAAACAGCUAUUUGACAAACUGUUGAUGCCGAGUCCUGAAGACUGGCCAGCUGGUUUCAUUGCCUUGACGCAAGACAUAUAUGCAACAUGGUGGAUAAUGGAUACUACGAAAGGUUUGGCAAUAUGA